AAAAAGCCACCGGAUACAAUAUUGGUUUUGCCAGGAGGAAAAUUUGGCAUUUUACAAGUUGUCACUAGCAUUCGGAAAAUUUGUAACAACAUCACACAGAAAAAGAUUGAUUUCCAUACAGUACCGUAUUUACCGAUACAGGUCUAGAUUCUAUAGAAUAAAUCUAGAAUCUAUACCCAUAAUAUUUUAAGCUGACAUCGGAUAAAGGCAUUUCCUAGUCACUUCAUUAUGAACGUGGGAGUGGCACACAGUGACAGCAACCCAACCCAUUCAUACUUCAAUAGUAAAGGGAUAUGGCUUACAUAUGUGCUGUUAGUCUUUGGUGUUCACCUAUUGCUUCUCUCUGUGCCAUUUUUUUCUGUGGCAGUGGCGUGGACCUUGACCAAUGUUCUUCAUGAUGUUUGCAUGUUUGUGAUGCUUCAUGUUACCAAAGGCACACCCUGGGAAACAUCUGAUCAAGGAACCUCUCGCACUGAAACACAAUGGGAACAGAUUGAUUAUGGCAAACAGUUCACUGCUACAAAAAAGUUUUUGACUACUGUGCCAGUAGUUUUGUUUUUCCUGGCAAGCUUCUACACGCGUUAUGAUAAAUACCACUUUGUUAUAAAUGCCAGCGUUCUUGCCCUCAACUUGAUCCCGAAGCUUCCUCAGUUACACAAAGUGCGGUUGUUUGGCAUUAACAAGUAUUAAAUUAUGAAUAGAGCCAUGGUUUGGUUUUUUUUUAUUGUUAACCAAACAUUUCAUGUGCAAACAUUCUAUAAAACUUAUUAUUUUGUACAUAUAAACCAUCAUUUCAAAAUUUAAUGUUGAACUGAGUCAGUAAGAAGUAAUUAUUACAUAAUAUAUAGAUAAUACCCUCCAGAAAGUAGUAAAUUCAAUAUUAUAAUUUUUCUUUAGAAAAACUGCUUUAUUUACCAUGAACUAACUAUUGUUUUUCAACAUUUGGUUGUUGUGAGAAAUGGUUUGUGAAAUCUCUUAUGGUACAUUCCCUUAAUAAUCAUUUACUUCAAAAUGGUUGUAAUUCCAUUUCUAUCUCUAGUUAUAGAUUUUGCAAAAACUUGCCCUUAUAAUGUUACGGUCAAUAUUUUUUCCCAUUGCAAGACAAUUGUUUGAUUUUUGUUAUCAUCAGGGAUUGGGUCGCAUAUUGUGUAUCAUAUCUCUUGAAUAUUUUCAUUACUAUUGAACUGAUGUAUAGCUUCUAGAAUCACUGUGUUUUGUGUCCACCAAUAUUCAAAUUUUGUGCAUAGCUAUUUCUUUUGAAUAGCUAUUUCUUCAUGAAAAACAAAAAAACUUUUUUUACACAGGUUGAUGGUUAUCUUUGGCUAAAAAUCUUUCUCAGAAGCCCAUAAUUAAAGAUAAUCCUAGAAAAUUAAAAGCCCUAAAAUUGACAUGGCUCUCAUUUCAAGAAUGACAUAUGUUAUACCAUUAUUUUAAUCAAAUAUGUAAUUUAACUUAACUGUAUGAAUAGUUUUAGAAGGGAAAAUAUUUUAAAAAGCCUAUACUAUAAUUAUGUUACUAUAAUUUGCACAUUAUCAUUCUGAAGAUAACUUUUUUUAAAACUAACAUUUUUUUUUUUUUUAAUUUUUUUUUAGUAAUAGAAAUCCACUGUCUAAGAACAGGAUACAUUUACUUUGUUAGUCCCAUAGUUCAGUAGUUUACAAAAAAUAGAUUGGUUUUAAUACUUUUCUGUGUUUUGUUUUUAAUUUAUUAUCAUCAGGUAGCCAGGUCAUCUUUAAUUUAAAAACAAUACAUUCUUUUAGCCUAAUAUCUGCUAAAGAUGUUAUAUACUUAUAUAAUUCUUAGCUAAUCUUGCAAUGUGAGGUUAGUAAAUAAGGAUAAAAAUAACUUUUUUAUAAGCUCACUUAUUUUAAUCUAAUUUUUGUUCCCUCACGUUAACUCUUGUGCUCUACUAAUUAAUGGUACAUGACGAGUAUCUGUUUUAGAACUCUGAUGUGGCAUAAGAAUUUUAGGUUUUUUGUUGUCGGUUUUUUUUUUUCGACUAAAUUUUUACAUGGUGAAGCAACAAUUAAAGAUAUGAAUUUGGAGGACUGUCUUUAUUUCAUCUUUUCACACAAGAUAUUUAUUUUUCCACAAUAUGGAAUAAUUUGGAUUUUGGAAUAAUUAAAGUACCUUAGAUGAGCUAAUAUAGUUUUUGUGCCACAUCUUAGGUCAGUGCAUUUAUUUAUGCUGUAAACAGUAUAAUAUAGAACUUGCUGUAACUUUCACUUAUGAUUGUUGACUUUUUCCAUACACUGUUAUACUUUGUAUUGGUUUUGUAUCAGUUUUUUUUAAUACUCUGCAGUAUUUUCCUUUCAGUAUUCAGGGCAGAUUAAAUCUAGUGCUAUUUUAUUCAAAUCAUUUUUCCAAAUUUCAGUGAUCAUUUUUUUUUGACAAUACUUGUGUAAUGAGAAUUGGAAAUCACUAAUUAGUGUGCUAAUAUUUUUCAAGUAUUUUUUUUUUUUUUGUUUCUGACACUUUUUUGUCACUGCAGAGUAAAAAACAAACUGAUUAAAAAUGUCAUAUCUCUGUUUACUUUUUAUCCUGACUAUAUGCCAAAAAUAAACAUGCU